AUGUCGACAAACGAGUCUACCACCAAGAAGUUCGGAAAGGCUGAGAGAACCAUUCCAGCUGCUUCCCAGAAGGCCUCAAAAUGGUAUCCCGCCACGGAUGAGCCACAAAACAAGAAGGUUGGUCUGCCCCCAACACCCUCGAGAAUUAUACGCCAGCUAUGGGAUCGGAAUCGCGAGGAAAUUGCCAGAAAUACCGUUUGCGCGACAGCUGUUUUGUUAAUUUGGUCAAUCGCUGGAAUAUGGGACAAUGCGGCAUACCAUGGAUCGGUCAAUCUUGGAGAGAAAUGGAAUGCUAAUUGAUUGCGCUCUCAGGUCCGAAAGUCCAUUCGCGCUACCACCCCUCGCUCCACCCUCACUCCUGGCGCUGUCCUCAUCCUCCUCGCUGGUCGAUUCCGCGGCAAGCGUGUCAUCCUCCUAAAGAACCUUCCCCAGGGUGUCCUCCUCGUUACUGGUCCAUUCAAGGUUAACGGUGUUCCUCUCCGAAGAGUCAACGCUCGUUACGUUAUCGCCACCUCAUACAAAGUUGAUUUGUCCGGUAUCGAUUCCGCCAAGGUCGAAGAGGUCUCCGGCGAGAAGUACUUCGCUGCAGAGAAGGGUGAGAAAAAGAAGGGUGAGGAGGCAUUCUUCAAGCAAGGAGAGAAGCCAGAGGUAAGGAUUGAAAAAUGGAAGGUUAUAUGAGGAAACAGGGGCUAAUAAUGCAAAUAGAAGAAGAAGCCAUCUAGCAGCCGCGCCGCGGACCAAAAGGCAGUCGAUAAGGCUCUCCUUGCCACACUCAAGAAGGAACCAUAUCUCAUCAGUUACCUCGGAUCUACUUUCAGCCUGCGAAAGGGUGACCGACCACACGAGAUGGUUUGGUAAAUGGUUGGGAUGGUUUAGGCGUGAAACAGCGAAUGUGGGACAUGGGCUUGCAUUUUUUUGACCUCGGGGGCAUAUGGUCAUGACUGCUUAGGCGCUUUGUAAUUCAGAUUUGCAAAUAACG